AUGGAGUCGUUGAAUUUGAAGAAUGGGAAAUUGGGGACUCCGGUGAAGGAUCGGAGCAAGUUUAAUCAGCCCAAGGCUCAAGAGAAUUUCAGAUCGUCGGAGAAUGCAAACCCUAACGUUUCACACGCGAGUCCGGGUAAGUCUCCGAUGACGAAAUCCGCAGUAUCCCCGCUCGUGAAAUCUGCUAAGAAAUCGGCGCAGAAGAAUCAUAGUCCGAACCCUAAACCUACCCAGGCGGUUUUCUCUCCUCGCAAUCGGAUUAGAGAGAGGAGGUUUGUUGUGGUGGCGAAGAAGAAUUCGAAGAAGGGAAAGAAGGAUCCAGCGACUACCGAAUCGACUGUUGCUGAGAUUGAUUGUAAAUGCGGAGAGAGGAAGAAAGGGAACAUGAAGUGCGUUUGUGUUGCAUACGAAACACUACGUGCUUCGCAAGAGGAGUUCUUCAAAAAACGAAGCGAAUCGGAAGAGGAAAAGGGAGGUUUGGAGGAAUCCUGUAAUCUCGAAGAAAAUUUUGGAGAUGGAGAAGAUUUCGGUGAACCGGAGAAAUUAGGCGUUUCUACAAUGAAGAGGUCAAGGGCAAAGGUGGUGGAAGAUGCAAGGCGAAGUGUGCCUGAAUCCGGUAAAGUGAUGAAUCUUGUAGAAGCAUUUGAGAAGCUCACUUGCUUUACCCUUUCAAAGACUGCCGAGAAAAAAGAAGAGAACCAAACCGAAGAAGAUCUGAAGAAGCAGGUGAAGUGGGAAUCGUUGCCUGGAGCGAGACAACAGCCUAAGUUCUUGGAGGGAGAGAAAGAGCAACACCCAUGGAGUUCUUCGUUUUCUCCAUCUGAAUUGGUCAUAACAGCGAAGAGUCUCGGGUUAGACCCCAAUGCCUCGGUUUCUUCCUCAUGGGACAGCAGCCACGGCAGUGUUUUAUGUGGGAGUUCAAAUGCUGGAAGGAGAAGUAGAAGAAAUAGCUUGGACUCAUCGACUACAAUGGGAAGCAGAAGAUCAAAGAAGAAGCAGGUUAAGGUUACUUCAUUGAAGCCGUUUAAUCUUAGAACUGAGCAAAGAGGUCGUAUGAAGGAGGAGGAGUUUUCAAAGAAGCUUCAGGAAAUAAUGAUGGAGGAAGCAAAGUUGAGAAUCCCCGUUGCUCAAGGUCUUCCAUGGACAACCGAUGAACCUGAGUGUCUGAUUAAGCCUCAUGUGAAAGAUAUCACAAGACCAGUCGACUUGACGCUCCAUUCAGAUGUCAGGGCAGUAGAACGCGCAGAAUUUGAUUACCAGGUUGCCGAGAAGAUGAGCUUCAUUGAGCAGUACAAAAUGGAAAGAGAAAGGCAACAAAAGUUGGCAGAGGAAGAAGAGAUCAGAAGGCUGAGGAAAGACUUGGUCCCAAAAGCGCAACCAAUGCCUUACUUUGAUCGACCAUUCAUUCCAAGAAGGUCAAACAAACAUCCGACUGCGCCACGAGAUCCCAAGUUUCACAUCCCGCAACACAAGAAGAUCAGAUGCUGCAGCUCAUCUUCUUGGAGUGAAACUGGCUCCUGCAUGAGUGAUCUCCAUUAUCAGUUUCUCUAA